AUGGAUACCAUCUUGGUCUUCAGCCUAAUCAUUACGUCCUAUGAUGUCAGCAAGAAAGAUUUCAGAGAUAGCAGCUGCCACGUGGAACAGUUGCCUGGGUUCAUCCCAAAGGAUGUGAGAAGAACUGGGGAUGUGCUCACGCAAGAGGCUCAGGCACAAGCCAGAACAUCUACCUUCAUUCAAAAUCAGACUGUGGCUACCCUGCAGUGCCUUGGCUCUGGGAGCAAAGUCAAAGUCAACCUUGUUUAUUCAGAGAAAGGGUCAAAGAUCAAUCAGACUCUGAAGAACCUGAGAGUGAUCGCUGCUCCCCGCAGAAACAGCACUGCCUCCCCAAAUUGUCACUUAACCUCCACAACCAAGUUUCAGACUGGAUCCCUUCUCACAGGGCAAGCUUUUUUACCAGGGAUCUCCCGAUGUAAGGUCUAUGUGAUGAUGAGGGCUGCAUUGGAGACUUUUUCUACCACCAUCACCUCCAUAUCUCCUGGGAAUAAAGAAGGAGAGAAAACUACAAGUACUGAUGAUUUUUCUAGCCCUUUGAAAGAAGACACAGAUGAGAACCUAAAGAAGAGGCAGAAAUGGAGCAUUGUGGUCAAAUUUCUGAUUGCUAUCACCCUGUUGUUGAGUGGAGUUGCCAUUAUAGUGUUUGUCAUUUUUGAAGUCCCAUGCCCUAGUCAAUGCCAGGGAACCAGAGAACUAUGCCAACGCCAGCGGUUAUGGAGAAGGCAAAGGAAGGCAGGCCAGCAACCUGGGGCAGCUGAAUCCCAGCUUGAGUCUCAGCCCAAGAAGGAAAGUGUUGGACAAGAUGCUCCCAACUCAUCAAGUCCAAGGAAAGCUGCAAGGAUCACUAUCAUCCACGAGACAUACUUCUGA